GGUUAUAAAUUAUAUUUGGAAUAUGGUUUUUAAAAUAAUCGAAUAGAUAAAUCAUAUAUUAAUGGACGAUUCUAAAGGAAUCUUUUGCAGCCUUUGCAUUAAUACUGUGAGCAAUCAAAAUUAUACACCGGUAGACGAAUCCACAAGAGAAAUUUUAAAGACCAUAUCACAAAAUCUGGUCUUGGACAAUAACUACAAACAUGACAUGUGUUCUACCUGUUCUGUUAAACUGUACUCUGCAUUUAACUUUAAAUCCACUUGUCUCUACGUUGAGGACAAUAUUGUUUCUUAUGUUAACCCCGAAGUGUCCUUCGUCGACUUAAGAGAAGUUUAUUUAAAAGAGCAUGAGAACGAUUCGUUGGUAAAAAUGGAAGAUGAUCAGAAAAUAUGUCGAUUAUGUUUACAAUUAUGUAAUGAAGGAUGUGUGCAAUUUUAUGAUGUGACCCUUGAUAUGAUUCACAGAUGCCUCCCAGAUGUGAAUUUUGAUGUCACCGAAGAUCCUGUCGUUUGUAGGCAAUGUUUUGAUUCGCUAAGCAUUCACGAUACUUUUAUAAGGGCCUGUUUGGAUGUUCGGUUAAAAAUUUAUAAUAUAGAUGACGGCAGUAUCUCAGAUUUCAAGCAUAAUGACAUAUUUAUUAAAAGCGAAAACGAUCGAGUAAAAUUUGAAGAUGAACAGAUUAAGGAGGGGUUAGUUAAAGUUGAAAAAGAGCUCAAAACAGAUGAGAUGCAUAUUGAAAGUGAUGAAAUUGACAUAAAAUCUGAAGAAGAGGAAUGGGAAAGUGCUAUGCAAAAAUGUGAGGCAGAAGAUGGUCAAAUAAUCAUGGACGAAGCUCGAUUAGAUAUUCCAUUAUAUAAGAAUGAAUACAAAAAUGAGUUUAACAGUUGUCUCAAACAGGAAGCUGCUCGGGAACUUAUACAUCAUAAGAAAAGUUCCGCCCAGUGCCAGUUACUAAGCAAAUACCUUUCAGAAACUAAAACGUACAAAUGUGAUACAUGUAGUUAUGAAACUAAAUAUAAAGGUCACCUAAAAGUACAUCAGUUAUCACACAAGGACCAGUGGGAAAUCCAAAUGUACAAAUGUGAUGUUUGUACUUACGAAACUAGGUAUAAGAGUGGUCUAAAAGUGCAUCAGUUACUGCACAAAGAUCCUUCGGAAAUCCAAAUGUUCAAAUGUGAUAUAUGUGGUUUUGAAAGUAAAUAUAAGAGGGGCUUAAAAUUGCAUCAUUUAUUACACAAGGACCCUUCGCAGAUCCAAGUCUACAAAUGUGAUGUUUGCACUUAUGAAACUAGAUACAAGAAUGGUCUAAAAGUGCAUCAGUUAUUGCACAAAGACCCUUCGGAAAUUCAAAUGUACAAAUGUGAUGCAUGUAGUUUUGAAACUAAAUAUAAAAGGGGUUUAAAACUGCAUCAGUUAUCACACAAAGCAAAUAAGUAUAAGCAUCGCCUAAAAUAUUGUCAGUUACCACACAGAAACUCUUCAGACAUCCAAACUUACAAGUGCAAUACAUGUGGUUUUGAAACAAAAUAUAGACGUGCUCUAAAAGUACAUCAGUUAAGGCAUAAAUACCCUUCAGAAAUCGAAAUGUACAAGUGUGAUGAAUGUGGUUAUACUGCUAAGUAUAAGGAGGAUAUGGAAAACCAUCAAUUGACACACGACAAUUCUUCCACAGAAUAUGGAUGUUCUUCAGAUGUCCGAAUAUUCAGAUGUAACGAAUGUGUUUUUGAGACCCCAUAUAAAAAUAGUUUAAAAUUUCACAUGGUAAAACACCGAGACUCCUCCAGAGUUCAAAUGUACAAGUGUGAUAAAUGUGUUUUCGAAACAAAACAUAAACGAAGUCUGACUAGGCAUAAAUUAUCACACGAAAAGUCUUUGUUAACUGAUUCCUCUUCGAAUGACUUAUGUAACGAAGCUAUCGAACAAAAAAUGAGUUGUACUUAUGAUGAUGUGGGAGUUGAAAUAAGCAAAUGUGCAGCUCCGUUAGAUGUACCGAAGAUCCACAUGUACAAAUGUGAUCUAUGUAAUUUUGAAACCAAGUUUAGAAGCAAUCUAAAACCGCAUCAGUUAAAACACAAAGAUUCUUCAGAAGUACAAAUGUACAAAUGUGAUGAUUGUGCUUAUGAAACUAAAUAUACGAAUCGUUUAAGAAAUCAUCAGUUAAAGCACAAAGGUCCCUUGGAAGUGCAAAUGUACAAGUGUGAUAUAUGUAGCUAUGAAACUAAAUAUAAGCAGAAUAUCAAAAAGCAUCAAUUAGUACACGAAACUAAAUAUCAAACUGUGUCUAAAACUGCAUCAGUUACUCCACAAAGGCCCUGA